UGAGCAACAAUCUUGUGACUGAGCUCAUAGGGAAAAGGUCGUUUCACUUUUAUUGUCAUGGUUUUAACUUGAAGGGGAACGCAGCUGAACAGAGGAAUGGGAGUUAUCACUUGACUUCUGAUUGGACCCCAGUGACUCACUGCAUUUCCAGUGAAGGGUGAGGAAAAUGUGUAAGCUGCCUUAUGUAAACAGCGCUGCUCAGGGUAUGUGAGGAAACACCCUUUCGCUUUAGAGGAUUUUCUGUAUGAAGUUUCAGCUUAUUAUUUACACUAAAGAAAUUCUCUUUCCAAACCUGUAUUUUUUUUUUUGAAGCUGCGAAAAUAGUCACCUCUCUUGCACUGACCACUAAGGUGUCAUGUCAGGGAACACAUUUCCCUUCACGUCCACGUCCCUGCGCUCUCUGAGACUGGAGCAGGAGUUUCAGGACUGGGAGAAUGCUCGGCGAGCGUUGGCCGAGAGGAGAGCCCUGACCCGGGCGCCGCUGCCCCGGGCUCCAAGGCCUCCUCCCAGGCAGCAGAAGCUCCAGGAGGUCCGGGCCCCUCCGUCCCAGGUCCGCUGCAGGGACACGGCCAUCCACAACACCUUCAUGUUUGGAGACAUGAGGGGAGUGUAUGCGGUGCUGAAGGACCCAGGGAUGGUCAACGCUCUGAUGGAGACGGUGCAGGAGGAGAUGGUGUGGACUCCAGAGAUGGGCAUGUGGACGCUGAGCUCCAGGGUGAAGCAGACCUCAGCGUUGCGUCUGGCUGCCAGCAGAGGACAAGCAGGCUGUGUGGAGGAGCUGCUGUUUCGUGGAGCCGAGGUGAACGAUGACCCCGGAGGUCACAGCGCCCUCCAUGACGCCUGCAUGGGCGGCCACGCUGUCUGCGUCCGGCUGCUGCUGUCCCAUGGAGCAGACCCUGAGGUUCUGACUGCAGACGGCAGCGCUCCUCUUCACCUCUGCAACUCUGCAGAGUCUCUCCACUGUGCCGAGUUGCUGUUGGAUGGAGGUGCGGAGGUCGACGUGAAGAUGAGGGAGUCGAGGCUCACACCUCUGCACGUGGCGGCUCGACGAGGCCUGGAGGAGCACGUGGAGCUCUACCUGAGCCACAGGGUGGACGUGCUGGUCACGAACAGAGAGGGGGAGACCCCUCUGAACGCUGCUUGUUCCGGAGCCGAGAGGCCGUCCGAGUCCGGCCGCUACCUCCGAGUGAUUCAAAUGCUGCUGGACGCGGGAGCUGACCCCAGAACUGCGGGCAGGAAGCAGCACACACCCCUGCACAACGCCUGCGCCAACUGCUGCUCCAGGAUCGUAGACGUCCUCCUGCAGCACGGAGCAAAGGUUAACGUCGAAAACUGUGCAGGAUUCACACCGAUGGACUGUCUGCUGCAGGUGGUGGAAGAUUACUUGGACCAGCAGCCAGAAGAAGUGGCACGAUCCCUUCUCAACCACGGAGCCAAGACCGUUUCACCAAAGAUGCUGAAGCAGUGCUUCCUCUGUCCUGCCACCCUGGAGGUGAUGCUGAACUCCUACACGUCCGUCCCUCCCUGUGAAUGGAUUGACUCCGUGUCUGCUGACAUAAAGGAGGUGAGUCCAAGCACUUCUCCUAUUCCUCUUCACCAUCCAGCUCUCGAGCAUCUCUCUGUUUUUCUCCCUCUCUGCCUCAGGACCACCGGCCUUUCUUCGAGCUGGUGCGUCAGCGGAGCGGCCAGCCUCGCUCUCUGCAGCACCUGUGUCGAUGUGCUCUCCGCCUGCACCUCGGGGCCCGGUGUCGCUCUGCAGUCAGUAGACUGGACGUUCCCAGCUCUGUGAGGGAGUACGUGCUGCUGUGUAACGACGGGACGCUCCACUGACUUUGUGUAGAAUGAUCUAAACAGGAUGGUGCUCUGACAUGUACGGAUAAAAACCUGUGUCUGAAAAUCUAUCUUUUUUAAUCCACCACACGUUUUGGGAGUGUUUUUAAUGUGACUGUUGUUUGGACAGUGUAUAAUUUGAAAAAGUAUACUAAUUUUAUUUGUGAUGUCUGGAUGAAAAUACAAGCAACUUUACCACCUCAUGAAU